CCUGCUUGACUUACGCAUUGUCUUCCACCUUGAACCAAAAACAGCAAGACAAGCUGCUACGAGUUAACAGAAAUUGAUUCCACUAUAAACACAGACAUUAUUUAUAGCAACUUCCAUAUAUCGGUAUCACCUGUGACCCGGGCUUAAUUCAUUCUAUUCAUUAAUUAUCUUGAAUUCCAUAGUUCUUUUCACUGUCUCCUUUUGGUUAUCAUCCAUGGAGCACCAAAAAUCAGAUGAGAAGGCUGCAUUGGAGGUUGAAAAUGAUGGCAGUGACUUUAAGGUUCAUGUGUUCUCUUCAUCUUCAGAGUUGCUUGAAAGGCUUCAUGAGAAAUGGAGUUCAGUGAAAAAGCAACCGUACCCAGCAAUGUAUUCAAGUGUGUAUGGUGGAAUCAUUCUGGAUCCAGCAAUGAUGGUAAUUCCAAUAGAUGAUCACAUGGUUCAUAGAGGGCAUGGUGUCUUCGAUACAUCUAUCAUCUUUGAUGGAUAUCUAUAUGAACUGGAUGUCCAUUUGGAUCGCUUUCUUCGAUCAGCAUCAAGAGCAAAGAUAACCUCUCCUUUCCCUCGCUCAGCUCUUCGAAGCAUUCUUAUUCAAAUGACAGCAGCCUCAAAAUGCAAGAAAGGAACUUUAAGAUUCUGGCUAAGUGCAGGCCCUGGAAACUUCUCAUUGUCACCUGCAGGACUCCCGACUUCUGCUUUCUAUGCUGUAGUCAUCGAUGAUGACUUUUCCCAGCGCAAAGAAGGUGUUAAAGUGAUAACAUCUACUGUUCCCAUGAAGUCACCCGAGUUUGCAACAAUGAAAAAUGUGAACUAUCUCCCAAAUGUCCUCUCUGUAAUGGAAGCUGAAGAGAAGGGAGCAUCUUCUUCUAUCUGGGUUGAUGAUAAAGGCUAUAUCGCUGAAGGUCCAAAUGUGAAUGUAGCUUUUAUAACCCAAGAUAAGGAGCUUAUCUUGCCUGCCUUUGAUAAAAUCCUUAGUGGUUGCACCGCAUUAAGGCUUCUUCAAUUGGCAAAUAAAUUAGUCGAGCAAGGACGAUUAAAAGGUGUUAAAACUGAUAAUAUUACUGUUGAUGAGGCUAAGAAAGCAGCUGAAAUGAUGUAUGUUGGAAGCACACUUCCUUUGUUGCCAAUUGUUACAUGGGAUGAGCAAUCUAUUGGAGAUGGUCAGGUGGGAGAAUUGACAAUUGCGCUCUCCGAUUUGCUAUGGGAGGAUAUGGUUGAAGGCCCGGGUUUACAGAGGAUACCAGUCACUUAUGAGUAGCUUGCGGCAUAUUUGAUUCAAUAAGUUAGAAAAUUAAGGAAUGAUUUCAACUUAAUAUUUAGCUCUUCUCUGCAUGCGGUUGUUUAAUUCUUGUUCAUGGAAUAAAUGAUCAGUUUAAACUUUUUCUCUUGUUGUUCAAAA